AGAAAUUUCCUAACUUGUGGUCUUUUUCAGAAAACGAGAAGUAUCUUCCUCCAACAAGCAACCAGGCACAAAGAAUACACAACUGAAGGAUUAGCAGCCUUUGUUGCCUCAUCCUUUGUUUUCCACUAAGAAAGAUUCCCUAAGCCAAGGCACUGGCGCUGUUCUCCUAGCACGCCACACCUGACUUGUGCUGGGUGGGAUACCUUCUUUCCAGGGCAAAUGGGCCCUCUUUUGGUUCUGAUAGCGGCAGCUAUCUGGCAAGCAUCAGCUUCUCCCACCAUUUACCCUAAUCUUGACAUUCUGAGGGUGAAGCAAGGUGACUCGGUCGAAUUACUUUGCUCAGGGAAUUUCCCAGUUGUGUGGAUUGGUAUCCAGAAUGGGUCCAACAUGAUGGUGUACGACAAUGGGACCCUCUACAUGCCUAAGGCUAGUGGCAAUCAGAUGGGGAACUACCAGUGUGCAUAUAUCAACAAACCAGAAGAGGGGAUUAGAACGAUAUAUGUGGCUGUGACAGACAACCAUCAGCCUUUGACAGUUACUAUUGGAGGAGGAGUAGAACAUGUGCGGUUACAAGGAGAACCAUUCAACAUUUCCUGCAGAGUACAAUAUCACUCUUAUGAAUAUAAUGGCAAAUGGAUCUAUCCCCUUACUGCAAAUGCCAGCUUGAAUUCAAUGGAUUUAGAUACUGGAUUAUCUCAGUCAUACGCCAGUGAUUACAACCUAUUCAUUCCAGCAGUGCAGUUACAAGACAGUGGAAUAUAUACUUGCCUUGGGGAAGCUGCACAAUUACAUGUAAAUGUUUCGGUUACUCUCCAGGUGCUAGAGAAAGGGUAUCUGCGCUUGUCCAGAUUACAGAACAGAAUUCAGGAGAUAAACUUGCAUCAAAAUCUGAAUCUUCAGGUGUUCAUUGAUGCUUAUCCUAGACCUUCAACAUAUAGAUGGAUGCAUGUGAACACAUCAGGAAGGUCCAUACUCACCGGCCACAUGAUUUUUGGUCAUCAAAGACACAACAAUACACUGAGUCUGAAUUGGAUGGAGGAAAAAGACGUUGGUGCAUAUAUAUUUUUUGCAGACAACGGGGAAGCCAGUGCAUCUAUUCAUUUUCACGUCUUUAUGAAAAAGUCAGCUUCUCCCACCAUUUACCCUAAUCUUGACAUUCUGAGGGUGAAACAAGGAGACUCGGUUGAAUUACUUUGCUCAGGGAAUUUCCCAGUUGAGUGGAUCGGUAUCCAGAAUGGGUCCACUGCAAUGGUGUACGGCAAUGGGACCCUCUACAUGCCUAAUGUUAGUUGCAAACAGAUGGGGAGCUACCAUUGUGCAUAUAUCAACAAACCAGAAGAGGGGAUUAGAACUAUAUAUGUGGCUGUGACAGAUCCUGAGUCGAUGUGGUGUGGCCUUAGUGAUGUAUAUCCUUCUGUGGAAAAGGGCAUGGACGCCUUGAUUCCGUGCCUGAUUGCUGAUCCAGGAUUCACAGGCAACAUGACCCUCCUUAAAGAUUCUUCUCCAGUUCACUCAGGAAUCUCAUUCAGUCCUAAAGAAGGAAUAUGGAUUCACAAAGUAGACAUGAGUGAUGUAGGGUCCUAUGAGUGUAAAGCCCAGGUUCAAGGAAAGUGGGUGAUUUCACGCAGAAUUACCCUUUCGGUCUAUGACAACCAUUUGACAGUUACUAUUGGAGGAGUAGCAGACCAUGUGCGGUUACAAGGAGAACCAUUCAACAUUUCCUGCAGAGUACAAUAUCCAUCUCAUGAAUAUAAUGGCAAAUGGAUCUAUCCCCUUACUGCAAAUGCCAGCUUGAAUGAAAAGGAAUUUGAUACUGGAUUAUCUCAGUCAUACGCCAGUGAUUACAGCCUAUUCAUUCCAGCAGUGCAGUUACAAAACAGUGGAAUAUAUACUUGCCUUGGGGAAGCUGCACAAUUACAUGUAAAUGUUUCGGUUACUCUCCAGGUGCUAGAGAAAGGGUAUCUGCACUUGUCCACAUUACAGAACAGAAUUGAGGAGACAAACAUGCAUCAAAACCUGAAUCUUCAGGUGUUCAUUGAUGCUUAUCCUAGACCUUCAACAUAUAGAUGGAUACAUGUGAACCCGUCAGGAAACUCCACAGAGUCUGGUGAUAUGAGUUUGGGCAAUCACAGAUAUAACAAUACACUCAGGUUGAAUUGGAUGGAGGAAAAAGACAGUGGUGAAUAUAUUUUUUUUGCAGACAACGAGGAAGCCAAUGCAUCUAUUCAUUUUUACGUCUCUGUGAAAACUAAACCAAAAAUUACAAAGUUGACCAACCUUUCCAGUAGACUCCAAUGUGAAGUAACUGGCUAUCCUCCUCCACAUAUUCAAUGGUACAAAUUCCCCCCUCACACUGAUAGAUGUGGUCAAUAUGGGGCCCUGAUUUUGAAUGACUCCCGUCUAGAGAUCAUGAGUGAAAUUCCCUUUGUCAGAGUGUCACUGAAGAGUGUCCUUAAGGUGAAGAUGGAGGACAGUGAGACCAUUUGCUGUUUUGCAGUUAAUAGUGCUGGAAAUGACUCCAGUUUCAUUAAAUUUUCUGUUGGUAAGGUUACUGGAAGCAAGGACGAAAAUUCCAAACUACUUUAUGCAGGCUUUGGAGGCACAAUGGGUUUUCUUCUUCUGUGUAUCAUCUUCUUGGUCUAUAAAUAUAAACAGAAACCAAAAUAUCAAGUCCACUGGAAGAUUAUUGAAGCCUGUGAAGGAAACAAUUACACCUUUAUUGACCCCACCCAGCUUCCUUACAAUGAGAAAUGGGAAUUUCCUAGAAACAACCUGCAAUUUGGAAAAGUCCUUGGAGCUGGAGCUUUUGGGAAGGUGAUUGAAGCCACCGCUUUUGGGCUGGGAAAGGAGGACUCUGUCUUGAAGGUGGCAGUGAAAAUGCUGAAAUCAACUGCACAUACAGAUGAGCAAGAAGCUCUUAUGUCCGAGCUGAAAAUCAUGAGCCAUUUGGGUCACCAUGAAAAUAUUGUCAAUCUUCUAGGAGCAUGUACCCAUGGAGGCCCUGUCCUUGUAAUUACCGAGUAUUGUCCCUUUGGGGACUUGCUAAAUUUCCUGAGAGAAAAAGCUGAACAUCUCAUAAUCGAGGGUUUAACCUUGGAGUGCACUCUUGAUAGCAUGAUGGCUGAUUACAAAAAUAUCUACCUUGGAAAAAAGUAUGUCCAAAGAAGUGAUAGUGGACUUGGAUGCCAAAGUGUUGACAGUUAUCUGGAAAUGAAAUCGGUCAUAUCAUCAGUGCCUAUGCCACCACAAGGAACAAAUUUGGUAUCAACUGAAGGAAAAGAAGACCUACGAUCUCUUGACCUCUUUGACUUGCUGCAGUUCUCCAACCAAGUGGCCCAGGGAAUGACUUUCCUGGCUUCAAAAAAUUGCAUCCAUCGAGAUUUGGCAGCCCGGAACGUGCUAGUGGCUGAUGGACUAGUGGCCAAGAUCUGUGACUUUGGGCUGGCCAGAGAUAUUGUGAAUGACAGCAAUUAUGUGGUCAAAGGCAAUGCUCGCCUUCCAGUGAAAUGGAUGGCACCGGAGAGCAUCUUUGAAUGUGUCUACACAGUACAGAGCGAUGUGUGGUCUUAUGGCAUUCUUCUCUGGGAGAUAUUCUCCCUAGGAAGAAGUCCCUAUCCUGGUGUGAAAGUGAAUAAUAAGUUUUAUAACCUUGUGAAGCAAGGAUAUCAUAUGGGGAAGCCAGAUUUUGCUCCAGAUGAUAUGUACAAUAUAAUGACAGCAUGCUGGAAAUUGGAGCCCACUCAACGGCCAACUUUCAGUCAAAUCUGCACCUUAAUUCAGAACCAGCUGGAUGCCAUUAAGGAACAGGAUUAUAAAAACUUGCCCUGCCCCAGAGAAGAGGAAGACAGUGGAUGUGAGCCUGCCAGCUACUUUGAAGAAUCCUGUGAGUCAGGAGAAGUGGAGCAACCCCUUCUUAACAGCAACAAUUAUCAGUUUUGCUAGGGUGUGUGUUCUGGGCCUUCUGGAUGAUGAAAUACCAACUGAGAUUGGGCUUGGAUUUCAUACAACCCCAUCCCUUUUCGAGGCUUUUCGCAGCAGAAAAACAAGACAAUCAUACGUAAGUCACAGACUGGGAUCGUGCCUUGAGAACCUGAUAGCAGAUUCCUAAAUUCUCCAUUCUAUCUAUCUGAUUUUAAUUACUGGCAGGAGGGCUUUAUCACUGUUGACAGCUUAAGGUAGGCUAUGUAGGACUUUGGAGAAUCGGUGCAUCAACUUUGCAGGAUGGGAGAGAUUGUUAAGGGCAAUCGCAGAAAACAAGGCUUAACAAGGCAGAUGGACUUUUUUUCUUUUCUCUACACACUUUUCUGCUACAAGCUAUCAAACCUAUAAAGUAUAAUAUGUGAGAGGGAAAAGAAUUAGAUUACCCACAUUUUGAACCAGAUGGGAGUUGUGCAGAGCAAGAACAGGGAACAGAAAGAAGUAGAGGCAUUCCCAUUGUAAUCGGCCGUUCUAGUAUAGUCAUUUCUUGUAGCUUAGGAGGGCAGACUGAAAUCCACAAAAGAUAACCAAACCAAAAGGGGACAUCACUGGAAGACAUUGCCUUUAGCGGUAGGAGGGAUUGUUAAAGAUAAGGAGGAUUGUGGGAAGAUUUCUUGAGACAAGCUGCAUUCAUCUCAUCCUUGAAACAACCUCCAAACCUGGAAAAAUAACCACAACUGAACCAUUCUGUCACUGAGUUUUGGCAUGGAUUGAAAGGAUGGGCCAAAAGUUGUCCACCUAUCGUAAAGAAGAAAACUGCUGGGUCUAUAAGAAAAUAAAUCUAAUUCUCCUAUGCUUUUUUUUUAAGCUUCAAGAAGUAGCAACUCUUUUUUUUUUCUCAUUUGGCAUUACCAUUUCAGAACAUGUGAAUUACUUGGCAUUGUUUUGCUAUUUGAAUAUUAUUACUGAAAGAAGGGAAUAUAAGCCACUCAUUGUCCCUCUGUAUUGAACUGGCAUAACCCCCCCCAUAAAUUAAUUGCAGGUAGUCCUCGACUUACAAUCACGAUUGAGGCCAGAAUUUAUGUUGCUAAGUGAGAAAUUUGUUAAGUGAGCUUUGCCCCAUUUUACGACUUUUCUUGCCACAUUUGCUAAGCGAAUCACUGCAGUUGUUAAUUUAGUAACUCGGUUGUUAAGUGAAUCUAGUUUCCCCACUAUCUUUGCUUUGCUUCUCAGAAGGUCACAAAAGGGGAUCACAUGACCCCAGAACACUGCAACCGUCGUAACUAUGAACCAGUUGUCAAGCAUCUGAAUGUAAAUCACAUGACCAUGGGGAUGUUGUAAUGGGCAUAACUGUGAAAAAUGGACAUAAGUCACUUUUUUCAACUUUGGUCACUAAAUGAACUGUUGUAAGUCGAGGACUACCUGUACUAUGAUUUUCAAUAAAAAACAGUCUGUUAGCUAAGAUUAGAUUUAGAUAUACGUUCACUUGUUAUUAAUGAAUACUUUAUAAUAUAAUCUUACAUAUGUUUAUUUCAAAUCAAAGACUAUUAAAUGAAAUCAAAUUUAUUUCUAAAUGAAUGUAUUAAGAUCGUUGCCUUUACAUUUACUGAUUUUCAGUGUUUAUCUAUUAGAUGGGAAUAAAGAAUAAGUGUAAAUUA